CGCCCCCCGCGCCCCGCCCCCGCCCCUCGGACGGCCUGAGUCGCGCCCUCCCGUCCCGCGCCACCGAACUUGCUCUAACUUCGUCGUCGGCCGAGCACGGCCGUGCUGCACUCGCCGCCACUUCCGCGCCCGGAUCUGGCUUCUCAGAAGAUGCACUAUUACAGAUACUCUAAUGCCGAGGUCAGCUGCUGGUACAAGUACCUCCUUUUCAGCUACAACAUCGUCUUCUGGUUGGCUGGAGUCGUCUUCCUUGGAGUUGGACUCUGGGCAUGGAGCGAAAAGGGGGUGCUGUCUGACCUCACCAAAGUGACUCGGCUGCAUGGAAUCGACCCCGUAGUGCUGGUCCUGAUGGUGGGCGUGGUGAUGUUCACGCUGGGGUUUGCUGGCUGCGUGGGGGCCCUGCGGGAGAACAUCUGCCUGCUCAAGUUUUUCUGUGGCGCCAUCGUGCUCAUCUUCUUCCUGGAGCUGGCUGUGGCUGUGCUGGCCUUCCUGUUCCAGGACUGGGUGAGGGACCGGUUCCGGGAGUUUUUUGAGAGCAACAUCAGAUCCUACCGGGAUGACAUUGACCUGCAGAACCUCAUCGAUUCUCUGCAGAAAGCUAACCAGUGCUGUGGGGCAUAUGGCCCUGAAGACUGGGACCUCAAUGUCUACUUCAACUGCAGUGGGGCCAGCUACAGCCGCGAGAAGUGCGGCGUACCCUUCUCCUGCUGCGUGCCAGACCCUGCGCAAAAAGUUGUGAACACACAGUGUGGAUAUGAUGUCAGGACUCAGCUAAAAAGCAAGUGGGAUGAGUCCAUCUUCACAAAAGGCUGCAUCCAGGCACUGGAAGGCUGGCUCCCGCGGAACAUCUACAUCGUGGCCGGCGUCUUCAUCGCCAUCUCACUGCUGCAGAUAUUUGGGAUCUUCCUCGCAAGGACCCUAAUCUCGGACAUUGAGGCUGUGAAGGCAGGCCAUCACUUCUGAGGAGCAGAGAUGAGCGAGCAGAGCUGAGCCAUGCUGGGGAGGCCAGAGCCCUUCACUGCCAUCAACUUUGCAUCCAGAGGGACAGCAGCGGAUGCAUCCAGCCGGAGCCAGCACCCGUCUUCAGCAUUGGUGUGACAUGACCUAUUUCUGCUUGCUGGUGCUGAAGACAGCAGGGUCUCUGCUUAACCUGUGCAAACUUGUGACCAAGACCCUCAGGGUCUUCCCAGAGACAGAGAACGUGUCUUUAAGUGGGGGUGGUGAAUGAGGGACAGACAGCUCCCCUGACUGCGAAGAGGGCUCGACUCAGUCCCCUUGGAGCCCAAGUACGUCAGUAGGGCACCCUGGCCUCACCAUCCAUGCCAUCGUGCUGGCCUCGGGGGCGGUCACAUCUGUGAUGGGAUGUGGGUGGAGGGCCAGUGGGGAUGGACAAGGCUUCUCAUAGCAGCACAAGGUGCUGCCUGUAAUUGAGAGCAGAGGGGCAUGGGCUGUGGUGUCUGCAGAGUCCUCGGCCAUGUCCAAGUGAAGUGAACCUGAGCCAGUGGGUGGACUGGUGCUGGGAGAGUGCUGUCUGCUGCCCGAGUCUGCUCUCCCCUUCUUAAAGCGUGUAAAUAGUUUAUUUAUCGGGGUAAGAAUGUUCUCAUGCCAUUUCUUCAUUUCCUCUGGCAUUCUCCUCUAAGCAGCCUUACAUGGUGUCUGGGACGGAAGCCGCCCCUUUCGGUUCCUUCAAGUGUCUCAAGAACCAACCCUGUCAACUUCUCCUUUCGUCCCUAACCACCCAGGUGCACAUACUUGCUCCCCCUUCUGUGUGCCCCCAAUACACAUACACCCACUCCUGUCCCAGCCUAGCCUCAUUGUCUUCUGGUCUUGGUGCUACUGAAACUGUCACCCAGAACUUGAAUCCUGUUCCUGCCUCCCCACUGCAAGGCUAGGGAGCCCCAGCCAGCAACGGCCAGCCUGAAACCUUUGGCCAGGCUCCUGUCUCUCAAGGCCACAUGCUGAGGGCCAGCGGGCUGGCCUGGCAUUUGCCUCUCCCUGGAGAUGUAGAGCCUGCAGCCAGCUCCCUGUGCUGAGCCGUCGACCCCAGCCUGCAGCUGCAUAGAAGUUCUGGGCAUUUUGUUGCUCACUUCUGUGAUGGCUCCCCCAUCACCCCCUGGAUAUCUGUGGUCCCUGUGCCCAUCCCUUCCUGUCAUGGCUAUUCUGGGACUUGCUCUUGGAAAUGAAGUAUGUUCUGUGGACUGAAUACCCCCCCCUACCCCCAACUCCCUCCCAGGGAUAGUUGGGGCAUUUUUGCAUCUUUGGCUGGGCUACUCUCUGGAUCUUGAACCAGUUCUGUCCUUGUCAUUCAGGGACUGAGUGUUACCUUCACUUACUUGCCGAAGUGUACAUGCUAGUGUGGUGUAUACAUACUGGUGGGUGUUCAUUGAUGAUGCUAGAAUUUUUUUAUACAAUUUUCUUUGUAGGCCAGGAGAAGAAUGCUUGUGUUUUUAGGGAGUGUGAUGCUUUUCUUUGACUGCCAAACUCUUUUAUGGAUUAUACCUUUUUAUUAA